AUGCAGAUCAACCAAUAUGGAUUGUCGAUAAUAAAAAUGCUAAGGAAAUUUGCCUCCCAAGUUAGUCUUAACCAGUUGAAAGAAUUAAAAUCGCUUCUUCCUUCUUGGAGUGUAUCACAUGACUCUUCGGAAUUAAGAAAAACGUUCUACUUUAAUAAUUCGCAAGAAGCUUGGGAUUUUGUCGAAACAGUUGGCAAAAUAGCAGCCAAGAAUCAAUGCCCACCCGCCUGGUCAUUGAGCCAUAAUAGUGUUGCAAUUAAAUUCCCACCUGAAUCAAAACAAGAAUUAACGAAUGGGCAGGUGUGACUUGCAUCAUUCAUGGACAAAGCUGGAGCACACAUUAAGCAAGACGAAAGCAUGGCAGAUUAG